CAACUAGCCCAGCUACCACCAGCUUAACCAACCAGCCAACCUAGCUCCAACCAACCAAUCCAACCCUGUCGAACCAACAAUGAAGGCUACUCUGUUCUUCCUGGUCGUCGUCCUGUGCGCAGUGGCUCUGGCUGCUCCACAAUCCGAACAGAAGCGGGGUGGAAAGGGAAAGUCCGAAGUACAGGGCAAGGGCAAGGGCAACAGACAGGACGAGUCGGGAUCGAUGGAGGAUGGACAACAGGGUGGUAGCUCGGAGGAGAGCCAAGGUGGAAAGGGCGGAAAGGGUGGCAAGGGAGGAAAGGGUGGCAAGGGAGGAAAGGGCGGUAUGGAUCGUGAGAUGGAAGGAUCGUCGCGUCGCAUGGAGAGCCCGAAAGGAAAGGGAAAGCAGGAGCAGCAGAAGGAACACGGCAAGGGCCGUGAAAAUGGCAAGGGCAAGAAGAACUAAAGUGACGAUUGGUUCGAGCGAUGGUUGAACAAUAAAGCAUCUUGAAAACAAAACCAAAAGUUUUACGUGUGCAGAGUAUGAGGAACGCAAUCCGAACAAACGCAAACACAUUUCCAUAAAUGUUGUUGAUAUUUACGUGGAAGGUUGUUGAUAUAACCGACCUUCGACGAUAUGAUCUUUGGUAUUUCUAAUGAUCUUACUUAUCCGGCGCUACUAGUACUUUGCGGUCUUGGCUUGCCUCAGGAGUGUCCGAAACCACUCAUGGUCUCGCGCUUUCGUCUGCCAAUCCGUUAUCACGGCCUCAAUGGUGGACGCCGCAACGACAUCUUGCGACCUCAAUUUGGGCCUAACAUGCCUCCUCUGUUCUUGCGGACAACAGCCCAUCGGAGCCUGGCAUGCUUGAUACGCUGCACGACAAUGAGGUCACCGUACAUCUCGCAUAGCUCGUCGUUAUAACGGCUCCUCCAUUGUCCUUCCACCCAUACAGGGUCAGGAAUCCUUCAAAGCAUCUUUCUCUCGAACGCGGCUAAGAGGGUUUUGUCAUAUUUGGACAGUGUCCAUGUCUCAGAGGCGUAUGUUAGCACCGGUACUAUAUAGGAGCCAUAUAUUGCCUGUUUCGUUCGUUGCAACAGGUUCUUUGAGGUGAACUGAAUGCUCAGGCCGUAUAAAGACCGGUUGGUAGCCAGCAUCCUUGCGUGCAACUCAGCUACCACGCUAUUGUCGUUGCAGACCUUUGACCCGAGGUAGGUGAAUUCUGAAAUGACUUCAAAAGGGCGUUCAUCUAUCUGUAUGUCACGCCUAUGUAGGUUUGGAUUUGUUAUUGGUAGGUCCGCUGAUGUUGCCACCAUCAGUUUGGUCUUUGCCUAGUUUAUCUGAGAUCCGAGGUUUUCCGAGGAUCAGUUGAGCUGAUCGGACAAUGUUAGUGUUGUGAUCGUAUUGUUGCUCACCCCUGGAUCGCGGCUGGAGACAGUCGCCGAUACCAGUCAGGCGGCCGACGCAACGGCGAGGCGAAACUAGAUAGGCAAGGCGAAAUCUGGAGAGUUAGGAGAAUUAGAAUUAGGAGAAUUAGAAUUAAGGAAUUGCUCUCUCUCUUCCGAUCUGGCUUUGGUGGCGAACGGUUGUGUGUCAGCGCGGCACGGAUGUUAUCAUUUUACUUAUAAUAUAAGUUGUAAAUUGUAGUUUGUGUUCGCGUCAUUAUUUUCAACGCUUCAUCGGUCAUCCGAACACAAAAGUUAGAAGUCAUGAUAAUAAGACGAAUAUAUCAUAUGUUAAAGAUCUUCUACGAACUAUUCGCAAACAUAAUCAAUCAAGUAAGAAAAGCUUAGAUGUUCGAUCAAUGCGUUGACAUUACGAUCUAUUAAGUAAUAUUACGCCAUUAUUUCUCAUUUUUAGUGAUUUUGGCCAUCGCUGUUUGUCCUUGAACAAUAUCCAGUUGCAAUUUUCUUGAUCGCAAUUUAAUAGUAAUAAUUGCCAUUUAAUAGUAAUUUAAUAGUAAUAAUUGACACGUAUGUUAUUGUCACUAACGAUCAUGUUGGUUGACUAUAAAUAUCGAUGAACUAGCCUCGAAACAGCACAACCAGCCCAGCUACCAGCAGCUUAACCAACCAGCCAUCCUAGCUCCAACCAACCAAUCCAACCCUGUCCAACCAACAAUGAAGGCUACUCUGUUCUUCCUGGUCGUCGUCCUGUGCGCAGUGGCUCUGGCUGCUCCACAAUCCGAACAGAAGCGGGGUGGAAAGGGAAAGUCCGAAGUACAGGGCAAGGGCAAGGGCAACCGACAGGGCGAGUCGGGAUCGAUGGAGGACGGACAGCAGGGUGGUAGCUCGGAGGAGAGCCAAGGUGGAAAGGGCGGAAAGGGCGGAAAGGGUGGCAAGGGAGGAAAGGGCGGUAUGGAUCGUGAGAUGGAAGGAUCGUCGCGUCGCAUGGAGAGCCCGAAAGGAAAGGGAAAGCAGGAGCAGCAGAAGGAACACGGCAAGGGCCGUGAAAAUGGCAAGGGCAAGAAGAACUAAGGUGACGAUUGGUUCGAGCGAUGGUUGAACAAUAAAGCAUCUUGAAAACAAACCAAAGAAAC